UCUAAGGUUCUCACUCCAUCUCUUCUCUCCAGUCCACUUCUCCUUUCACCGCCGUCCGCCACUCUCCUCCCCCCAUCGCCGCGCUCCCCCUUCUCACUGCUUCCCCCUCUCACUCUCAAGGUCACCGCAGACGAGGAGAACGUCGCGUCGCGCGCCUCACCCCGACUAGUAGAACGUCUUCGCGUAGAGAGCGUCGCCGUCGUCGUCGUUCAAGAGAGCGUCGCCGUCUUCGUCGUUUUUCAUAGCCGUCGUCAGCAUCUUCCUUCUGUUCACCGCAGGCGAAUUUCCCCACUGAAAAAUCUUGCUUCUGUCGCCGUUUUCCCACCUUAAGCCCUCACCAAGACGCCAACUACCUCCUCCUCCUUCUUCUUCUUCUUCUUUCUGGGUUCGUUAUUACUUCAAAGAAAGCAUAACAUGUCAUGUUCAGACAUAUUUUUUGUAAGUCCUCCUUCUUCAUCUUCUUCAAUUUCUUCAAACUUUGUUGCCAAGGUUAUCACAAAACCUCACUACUGGGGCCAUUUGCCAACCCCCAUCACAAAAUCGCACUUUCCUCGCAUUCAUUGUCAUCUAUCUUUACCCACAAACUCCCCUUCUUCCUCCCUAAAGGGUCGGAAGAGCAAGAAGAAGAAGGGGUAUGGCAGUUAUUUACCUUCAAUUUUGAAAUCUUUAGAGUAUUCUGUUGAUGUUGAAGCGACCCUUGAUUCUUUCUCUGAGAAUCUUAGUCCUAAAGAGAUAACUGUUAUACUUAGGGAACAGGGUAGGUGGGAGCGUGUUGUUAAGAUUUUUCAGUGGUUUAAGUCACAGAGAGGGUAUGUUCCCAAUGUGAUUCACUAUAAUGUUGUGCUUAGAGUUCUUGGUAAGGCUCAGAGAUGGGACCAAUUGAGGCUUCUCUGGAUCGAAAUGGCGAAGAACGGGGUUUCGCCUACUAAUAACACUUAUAGCAUGCUUGUUGAUGUGUAUGGGAAAGCAGGUCUUGUUAGAGAAGCACUUCUGUGGAUUAAGCAUAUGAGGUUGAGGGGUUUUUUUCCUGAUGAGGUUACAAUGAGUACGAUUGUUAAGGUGUUGAAGGAUGUGGGAGAGUUUGAUAGGGCAGAUAGGUUUUACAAGGAUUGGUGUGAUGGUAGGGUUGAGUUAGAUGAUCUUGAUUUGGAUUCUCUAUCAGUUACUGCUACGAAUGGUUCUAGAUCGAUGCCUAUUAGUUUCAAGCAUUUCCUUUCGACCGAGCUGUUUAAGACGGGUGGGAGAAACAUUUUGAAUUCAUCAAACAAGGAGUUUGGUCCCCAGAAACCCCGGUUGACUUCAACUUUCAAUACCAUGAUAGAUUUGUAUGGCAAGGCCGGACGACUAAAGGAUGCUGCCGAAGUCUUUGCUGAUAUGUUAAAAUCCGGAGUGGCAAUGGAUACAAUCACUUUUAAUACUAUGAUCUUUAUCUGUGGAAGUCAUGGUAAUUUGUUGGAAGCCGAAUCUCUGCUUAAUAAAAUGGAAGAAAAGGGUAUAUCCCCUGAUACGAAAACUUACAAUAUCCUUCUGUCCUUGUAUGCUAAUUCGGGGAAUAUUGAUGCUGCUCUUUGUUGUUAUAGAAGGAUUAGAGAUGUUGGGCUCUUUCCGGAUGAUGUAACUCACAGAGCUCUUCUUGGUGCGUUAUGCUCAAAGAAUAUGGUUCAAGCUGUGGAAACUUUGAUUGAUGAAAUGGAGAAAUCUUUUGUUUCUGUCGAUGAGCACUCUCUUCCUGGUAUCAUCAAGAUGUAUGUUAAUGAAGGAGCCCUUGACAAAGCAAAUGAUAUGCUUCAGAAAUUUCUAAUGAACAGUGUACCAUCAUCAAGUAUAUGUGCUGCAGUUAUGGAUGCUUUUGCUGAAAAGGGACAUUGGCUUGAAGCCGAGAAUGUGUUUUAUAGGGAAAGAGGUGUGCCAGGGCAGAGAAGGGAUGUCAUAGAAUACAAUGUCUUAAUCAAAGCGUAUGGCAAAGGAAAACUUUACAACAAAGCUGUUUCUCUCUUCAGGGGAAUGAAGAAUCAUGGGACUUGGCCUGAUGGUUGCACUUAUAAUUCUCUCAUUCAGAUGUUAUCCGGUGCUGAUUUAGUCGAUCAGGCAAGAGAUCUCAUGGUUGAAAUGCAAGGGAUGGCAUUUAAGCCGCAUUGUCAGACUUUUUCUGCGGUUAUUGCAUCCUAUGCUCGUCUCAGUCAGCUUUCUGAUGCUGUCAGUGUGUACCAGGAAAUGCUACGAGCGGGAGUAAAACCAAAUGAGGUUGUGUAUGGAUCCUUAAUAAACGGAUUUGCAGAAUACGGUAGUCUUGAGGAGGCACUUAGGUAUUUCAACAUUAUGGAAGAAUCCGGAUUAUCUGCCAAUUUAGUUGUGUUGACAUCCUUGCUAAAGUCUUAUUGUAAGGUUGGGAACUUGGAAGGAGUAAAAGCGAUUUAUGAACGGAUGCAGAGCUUGGAAGGUGGUCUUGAUUUAGUCGCGUGCAAUAGUAUGAUCAGUCUCUUUGCAGAUCUUGGAUUGGUAUCUGAAGCCAAGAUGGCUUUCGAGAAUUUGAGAGAAAAGGGCUGGGCAGACGGGAUUUCAUACGUGACAAUGAUGUAUCUUUAUAAAGAUGUGGGAAGGAUUGAUGAGGCCAUUGAGAUUGCGGAGGAGAUGAGGCUUUUAGGUUUACUGAGGGAUUGUGUUUCAUAUAAUAAGGUACUGGUUUGUUAUGCCACUCAUGGACAGCUUUAUGAGUGUGGUGAACUAAUACAUGAGAUGAUAUCUAAGAAGCUUUUGCCAAAUGAUGGAACUUUUAAAGUGUUGUUCACUGUAUUAAAGAAGGGAGGGUUUCCAAUUGAAGCAGUUGUGCAGUUGGAGUCAUCUCUGAAGGAGGGGAAGCCUUAUGCGCGACAAGCUGCAAUCACUGCUUUGUAUUCUUUAGUUGGUAUGCACAAUUUGGCACUUAAAUCCGUUCAGACAUUCAUAGAAUCCGAGGUUGAUCUUGACUCCUAUGCAUAUAAUGUGGCAAUCUAUGCAUAUGGUUCGGCUGGAGAAAUCAACAAGGCCUUGAACACAUACAUGAAAAUGCAGGAUAAGCAUUUGGAGCCGGACAUUGUGACUCAGAUUAAUAUGGUAGGUUGUUAUGGAAAAGCCGGCAUGGUUGAAGGCGUGAAACGGAUAUUUACCCAACUAAGAGGCGGAGAGAUCGAGCCAUGCAAGUCUUUGUUCAAGGCUAUUAUAGAUGGUUACAAAGUUUGCAAUAGAAAGGACCUAGCUGAGUUAGUUGGCCAAGAGAUGAAAAUCACAUUCAACUUGGAAGAAAAUAAUGAAGUUGAGAGCAAAAUUGAAAGUGAAAAUGGAAGUGAUUGUGAUUGAUUUUGAUGAAAGCUUCUUUGAGGUCUGUUAAAUCCACAGGUGGUUGUAUAUUAGGGGAGACAAAUUUAUGUAUGUACAAUGAUGUUGGCAAAAUUUUUGAACAGUUACCUGCUUUGCAGGAUCUCAACUUAUCUAACAACUUAGUGUCACCAUAUAAAUCAGAACUUCCACCACUGGAAAGCAUCCGUAUUCUAGUUUUAAAUGAUACUGGUGUAGAUUGGCAGGUUCCUUUCUAUAUCUUUCCCCAGCUUAUAUUUGCUGCUUAAAUUCCCAUCAUGUUUGUUAGGAGCCACUAAAUGUUUCAUGUUUAACUGGGCAUGUUGAAUGGCUUAGACAAUCAUUGACAGCUAUUGAAGAGCUACAUCUUAUCGGAAUCAAUAUUAGCAGAGUACUGGUACAUUUUUUUUGGUUCAUUAUUCUUGUUAAAUAUCUUAACGGCUGUACACUUAGAUAUCCUCUCAUGAGUACCCAUUUGUAAACUAUGGAGAGCAGCCGAAUAAACAUUAGAAAUCGAACCGUUUUGAUCACACUGCAAGAUUUCUCUAAAAACUAUGUACUGAGUAUUUUUUGAGCGUGUCUUUCAUGUCUGAUUGAGUUAUUGUGUCUCUUGCUUCUUGUAAACACAUUUUUUUGUGUGUAUAUUCCUCUGGAACUGCUUUCUUUACAUCACAUAGAUGUAGUCAGAUUAUGAAUUCAUAAUUUACCAUAACCCCAAGACUGACCCUUGACGCUGAAAUUUAUUUAUAAACAAAAAAUUUUCCAUCACAUGGAUGUAGUCUGAUUGAAUUAUUGUGCAUUUGAUCCUUUUUUGAAAUAAAUAAAUAAAUUGAAAAUCCUAAACUUGCGAUAUAUUUCAUUAACUUGAUAUAGGGAUAUGCAGCUAUCACUUUGAAGUGUGUUGGAGCAUCCAUAGGUUGGUAAGCUGAAAUUUCUGUGAGUUUUUUUUUUAAGCUCAAGUCAUUGAAGCUAUUCAAGAAGAGGGCUCUCCAUUACCUGUGCUGCUCGACAACGACACAUCAUCUCUUAUGGAUCUUGGAAUUGGCAAUGAAUCAUUCAUCCUUGUAGACGGAAAAAGUUGAUAGAAAGAUCAGAAAUUGAAGAGGUUCUCUUGUGCUGAAAUUUCUACCCCGUUCUGAUUAGCUGCAAUUAAUUUUAAAAGUUGGCUUGCAAAUGAAUGUAUUUUGAAGUGGUAGACCGAUUGAGUGUGGUUACAAGCCAACAUUAGAUGUGUCAUGUGUGUUUGAGGCCCUGCUGAAUUGGAUGUUCUUUACCCUUUCAUGCCACAAAUAUUUUCUGAUUCCAUUGCAAACAGAUUUGGACUUGCACGCCAAAAAAGAAUAAGGCAUUGUUUGGAAAAUGAGCUCAAAUCUUUUACAAA